GUUCAGCGGCUCUAGCCUGUCUGGUAACUGCGGCUCACAUGACCGCAGUCGGUGCUUCCUCACUGCGCUGAGGAGCCGUGCAGGGGCCGACUCCAAGCACCAGCUCUACGGGAAUAACAGCCCAGGGGAGCGGGGGGACAGUUGACAUGAGCUGCUGUUAGUCGGUGAAGCUGUGAGCUGGUCUGUGUGCCGUUCUUUCAGGUCCUAGAUGUGUCCAUACUGCAGGCCGGGGAUCCUGGAUGGGAAAGAAGCAGACGAAUGUUUAUUCCAGCACCUGCAGUGAAAACAUAGCACAGGCAAAACACAGAGGCUUUCUGCUGAGCAAUAUGAGUACAGACAGACCCAAACGGAAUGUCAUCAGAAAAAGAUAUGACAUCAGUGACGGGAUGCCGUGGUGUGAAGAACGUCUGGUCCGCAAAGUUCUCUUCCUUUCUCUCAGGGAAUACAGAGACAAACACCGUGCUGCACACACUCACUCACACAUACACAAGUGUCCACAUGAACGCAAGUCAAAAAACACACACUCACAUGCUCUGCAAAAGACACUGACAAAACCUAAUACACACAAGAAAACACAAGCAAGAAAAAACAUGCACACGCAGCAACAAAGACUCACAUGCAGACCACUAAAUACAUACACACAGAAGAACACACAUACUGCACAAAACAUGCACGUUUCAAAGCGCCUACACACUGAACACACAAACAAACGGCAGACAGCUCACUUGACUUGGGCCUCGCACUCUCCAGAAAGUAAAUGUACUCGGAUACUACGGAACACACAAACUCAGACGAAAAUGUGUAAAAGGAAAGUUGCACACACUCUGCAGCGUACUUGCACGGACCAGAAGAGGUCUUCUACCAGGACACUACGCUCAAAUAAAACACAAAACACGCUGUCGCUGCAGAACUCAAAAUAUACAAAACAUACACACACUGCUCAACACACACACUCACUGAACAACAUGUGCAGAUCUAAAAACACAAAGACGCCACUGAGAGCUGCUCUCUCAGCCAGGACUCUGAGGUCGCACACCACAACAAGCGGCUCUGUAGUUAACACUAUGAUCAAGCAUCGGGCAGCUGGUCCAAGCUGGAGUUGGUCCUUACAGACGCAACAACGCCAUCCUACCAGUAAUCGUGGUGAUGAAGAUGAUUGUGCCAAAAACAGACCACGGCUGCACGCACAGAGAAAGUUUGCUCAGUCCCCACCCAGCUCUCCAGGACCAUUAGUGCUGAUGACGUCGGCACAGAAUACCCACUCCCACAGCCUGGCUGUAGUCACCUGUCUGGCCAAACGUCGCCCUAAGACUGAGGACUUUUUGUCUUUUCUCUGUUUAAGAGGUUCAGCAGCAUUGCCACGCAACAUGGCAUUCUUAACAAGUAAGCGAGACAGGGAGCCAGGUGACAGUCAGCAUUUGCCUUCCUGUCACAAGGCUCCAGCUGAGGAGAAGAAAAUCAGGAUGUUAUGUAGAAGAACAGUGCACAGUGACUCCAGAUCACUGAAGAGGAGGCCUGCCAGCCCUGCUGUGGUCAGGUCCACCUGCCCUUUAACAGCUCGAGCACGGAAAAGGAUGGACAGGGAUGAAAGAGAAGGGAAGCAACAGAAGAAGGAAGUGGAGGAGGACAGGCGAGAGGGAGCUCAGAUACACCUCCUGAGACCUCGCCAGCACUUACGUCAUGUCAAGAGGGCUAACAAGGUUGCCAAGGUAACUAAAAUCUCUGAGCAAAGAACCUCCUGUGUAGCGUCAGUCAUUCCUUUAACGCCGAGAACUGGUGUUGGUAACAAACAAGGCACAAGGCCAAACAAUACAUACAAAUCAAGGCGCCAUUCCCGAAGCAGAGCCCAGGAAAGCAGCAACAAGUACCACCCCCUACAUCACAACCACCAUCGGGCUAACAAUCAGCACCUUCGCCACCCAACGCUUUCUAAAUACUAUAGCAUCCACACGACCUUCAGUAUUCUCCACAAUUCAGGAAGAAAUUCAUGCCAAACUCCAUGUUUAAAUAAACGUUCAGUUUCUAGACGGCUGAAUGAGAACCCUGUGGUCCUGAGGUUAUCCAGACGGAGGAGAGGCCUUCCACCAGACACCAGUCCUGUCCUUCCGAAUCGGGUUCCCUUGGACAAAAACUCAUCAAAUGAGUGCCAGACAUUUCAGGACAAAGAUGCUCAUGUCUCACAGGAGAGUAAUAUUUACGAGAUUCAGCAGAAAGGGGACAAUGUUAGAGAGGAUUAUGUGAACAUGUGUAAACACUCUGUUGUAGAAAAAAGAUACGGGCAUGUUGGAGAUGUGAAACUUGAGAGGGGAAAGGGAAAUAUAGAAAAACUGCCUGUGGCAAGCACAGCUGCUCUGGAGGCCUCUGAUCAAAGGGAAAGCCUUACUAAUGUCAGCACUAGCUAUAACCUCAUGCCUGCUAGUGAGGUUGUAUGGAAACACCUGAGAGAGAAAACGCUCCAAAAACAUCAGAACACUACAAUCUUAAAGCCACCUACCAGGGCUAAUGAGUCCAGGGCUGCUGCUACUAGGACUAGUGUAACUAAAGCUGCUAUUAACUCAGUUACAUCUGACCCACCAGCCAAUUCUUUUUCCAGGCACAGUGCCAUGGGUACUAAUAACAGCAAGAACAUUAAGAAGAGUAGUUUACGAGCCAGCACCAACAUAGCCCAUGAAUCCAAAAGUGCUACAAAACAGUCUUCAAUGAGCACCACAAAGGACACAUGCAAGGAUGGUGCACUUACCAUCAGUUACUGUAGCACUUCCAAAGAGGGGCUUCUCCAGGCCAAGCCUACUACCUCAGCCAUCAAGACCAGGUUCAGCUCUAGAAUCCUUCUAAAGCAUUAAUUUUUAAACAGUAUCCAAACAUGAAUACACUCACUGUUAUGUAUACUAAGAUUUUAUGAUGACAAGUACAGAAAUGUUUUUAAAAGCUUUUAUUGUGUUGAAUAGUGGCAGAGCAUGAUGACGGCUCUCCCUUGUCAGACAGUACAUGUUCUGUACUGUUGUCAUUGUUGAAGAUAAGCUGGAAGUCAUGAUACUGGCUGAUGCACUAUAAAGUGGACUGUAUAAUGGUAAUGCAGAAGUGAUAACGCUUAAAAGCUGCUAGGUUUCAGUUUAUUCAUUGUUUGCUUUUUGUCUGUUUAUUUUCUUCUUGCUUGCUAAUUCUCUUACUGUAUCUUGGAAAAAUAUAAAUAAAAGUAUGGGGGCGGGGCACCUUUUAGCACAUUAUGAUAAAUGGACUACUCAAUGUGAGCUGUGAAAGCACUUUUUCUACACGUUUCAUUCACCCAUUCACGCACAAUGCUUUUAUCUAAAGCGCAUUUACUUAACAAUCACACACACUUUGAUGGGAGAUCCAUGAGCGGACCUCAGUGUUCAUUAUCUUCAUGAAGGAUUCUUUGACACAUGGACAGCUGGAGCCAGGCAUCAAGCCGCCGACCUGGUAGACCACCAGCUCUGCCACGGAGCCACAGCCACCAGAAGGUCAACAUUUUGUUUGAACAGCUACAGUAGUUGGUCUCCUCAGCUCCCAGCUGCCCUCAGGCUUCUGUCCUAACAUUUCUGAAACGUGUUGCUAACUUGAAAUUUAUGUAUUCAAAAUAAUAAAUACAGUUUUAAAAUUGAA